AUGUUUUUGACCAAGGCCCAUCUCUUCAAAACCGGCUCUGACGCUAUCCGAAUCUCAUGUAUCGGUGCGAAAUGCCUGCUGAAAGUGGAGAUAUUGAUCAAACGGGUUCCCCUCGGAAAGGUAUUUCUGUUGAAGAAGAGCACGGCGGAUCAAGAGGAUCUCGGUAUUAUUCACAAGAACGGCAAAAACGAGGUUGUGAGUGUCGUAGACGGUGGCAUUGCGGCAAACAGCGGAUUGCCACCCCGUUCGGCUAGCUUCUUUAACCCUGAGACGGAAACGAAUUGGUUCAUUACGGAAGUGAACGGUCGCCCAGUCAACCUUUUUGCCAAGGAUAAUGAAAGGGAAAUGCACGUUUGUGCAGCGCAUUGCUGUGAGGACAAGCAGCUGAGCAUGGAGUCGGUUGAUCGAUGUGUGAAAAAUUGUUCGAAACGGGGUCAAGCGGCCCAGGAAUACAUACAGGAAGAGAUGAAGAAUUUUCAGGAAAGAAUAAAUCGGUGUGCCUUGGAUUGUCGAGAUCAGGUUCGCGACAUGAUGGAGACGUCGAAGAGCGAACAUGUGUCAGCUGACCUGCAGCAGAAGGCGGACAAUUGCCUGAUGAAAUGCGUCGAUGACCACAUUCGAUUAAUUCCGGGUCUCAAGAAGCGUGUUACUGAUUUCCUCAUCAGCAACCGCUAG